CCGGCGCUAAGCCCCAAACGUACCGUCAUUUUAGCGUAGGCCCCCAGCGCUUCCUUUGCCUUUUCCAGUGGAGUUGGAUUUGGUACCCCCACCACCGCCGGCCAACCACUGUUCUGCAGUGUCCUGCCUGCUGUACGGGCUCACACCACCACAAGGAAAAGUCCGGCUUUUCCCUUUUUGACUCGUGAAACUCUGUUUGCCUCGUCUUUCUCAUCUUGUCACCACAAAAACUCUUCUCAGUCUCUUCCGUUCUUCUCCUCAAUCUUCUCUACUGUGCUUUUUCGAUUCACAGCAGCAAUAGUGCAGCCGUUACGACCAUCUGCAAGCGUUUUCGCUUUCAGGGUUUUUUUUUGCAGCGACACACACCCACCCCCGCAAACAGCCAACUGCUGCACCACCGCCGACCGACCCCAACUUCCGAGACUAGCUUGUGAUCGACUGUACUGCAUCCAACAAAGACUUAAUUUUGCGCCGUCUCAAGUCUACUCCGGACCCUGCAUCAUACUUUUCAGUCUCGUGCAACUUGGCCACGCACAAAACUCUCGUCAUUUUCACAGAUUACGCACGCUCGUCAGCAUACGACACGGCUUGCUUCUCCAAAUCUGACAUACACACACACGACCAACACACUCUCUACCGUACCAUACCGCACCGAUCUUUUCACAAUGAACGCUCCCAUCUCAUCACCAAGCACAAAGGGCUCGUCGGCCAUGUCGGGCCCUAAAUCUGCUGCUACGCCGAUGACCAUGCCGCAACCUGCGCAGACGAAACAGCCGUCGACGGAUCUCUUCCUCAAGGACUUUACACUGGUGGCCGAGGCGGCGAAGCGGGCGCAGGUCGCCGUCAUGGUCCGUGAUUUCGAAAAUUGCGGCCUAUAAAAUACGAUCGCUGUCUACUGUUGAAGCAGUAUUUUUUAUUUCGGUUGAGCAGAGUACGCUUCUUCUCUGCUGGCGUUGGUUGGCCGUCUUUUUGCUGGCCGGCUCUCACGGUCGGCAUGCUUCGGAACACACAGGCACAGACACAUACAUGCGAUAGACUACAGUGGCUUGACUAGCGGUCAAGUCUAACCGAGAGACGGAAAGGAUUUCGAGACUUUUGUUUGCGUUUUUGAUUUCGUUUGUUGCAUCAGCGCGCGUUGCUCUUUGCUCGGUGGCGAGCUUCACACGCUCGCCUCACACACCACUCUCACCUAUGAAAGGCUCUACACAACACUACACAACACACAUACAGUAUAUACAUAUACAGCGAGUAUACCCCGGUUAGGAGUUCUGGCACUUUGCUUUUAAUAGAUUCUUUUGGCCAUAUGGCCCUCUACAAUUUU